AAGUAAUUAAACGUUUGGAAUUAAAAAAAAAAAGAGAGGAGCUUCGCCGGUACUAAAAGCGGAGUGAAGUCCAAGAAAUCUCCGCCAAAAGCGGUAUCCAUAAUCUUUUUCGAGUUAGCAUCGUCGCCGGCGAUGGCGGUUCUUCCGACUAGCUUUGCCGGAGCUCCGGUUAUGUGGACGAAGGUAUCACCCUCCUCGGAUCCACCGACGGUAACUGUUGCGGAAGUCCUUUGAGUUUAAGCUCUUUAGGUUCUCUUCUUCUUGCUCCUUGUCUUCUGCUGGGAAGUGCGGAUCUCGCGGCGGAUACAGCAGAUCUGAGAAUUUUCGGGCCAAGCGAAGGUGUCGGCAAUGGCGAUUCCCUCCCUCACGAACUCUGCUGGUUCAUGUAGAAAAGUUCCUACUUUGGUGCUGAAAGUCUUGGUCUCAAUUUACUGUGUGAUAUCUCUCUCCAAUGUUCAACUGGCUGAUGCUCAGUCCCCGGCUAUAUCACCUUCAGCCGCACUGGCUAUUCCUGAUCUCCCACUACCUGCUGAUGUGCCACGGUUUCAUAGGAAGCAUUUUACACCAUACGAAGCACCACAACAUACAGAAACACCUAUGCACCCUCCCAUCUAUAGUCGAUUAGUCACUUCUAGUCGUCCACCUACCAGCGCACAUUUUUCCAAACCAUCCAUGAAAAAGAAUGCCAUGUCUCCUGGGACCGGCUUGAUUGAUAUUGCUCCAGCACAACCCAGUACUGGUGCACUUCCUGUUGACAUAACUCAGCCACCUUUAUCUCCUCACAUUUCAAAUUGUUGCAAACCAGAUAUGGUGCUGAAACGAGGGACUAUUGGUUGCCACUGCGUGUAUCCUAUAAAGCUGGAUAUUCUUCUGACGAAUGUUUCAGAGAGCCCCAACUGGAACUUGUUUCUGGAUGAAUUUUCUUCCCAACUUGGUCUGCGAGUAUCCCAAAUUGAACUGAUUAACUUCUAUGUGCUAAGCUUAUCGAGGAUGAACAUUUCAAUGGAUAUCACACCUCAUACUGGAAUCAGCUUUUCAGCAAGUGAGGCAUCUGCUAUAAACUCUUCACUUAUCAGACACAUGGUUCGUUUCAGCCAUACUUUGCUGGGUGAUUACAGGCUUCUAAAUCUUACUUGGUUUGAGGCUCCUGCACCUUCUCGAGCUCCUAAUGGGGCUCCUCAACCACUUAAAGCACCAUCAUCAGGAUCCUCAGCAUCUACAGCAGUAAGUUCUCCGAAAAAAAGAAGGCACCCCAGUUUGAUUCUUAUCUUUGCUAUAGCCGCUGGCAUGCUUAUCAUUGCCAUAAUUUCCGUGCUUAUAAUCUGUUCGUGCGCACUCCGAGAAGGCAAGGCUAUGGAACCUCAGAAGGAAACUGUAAAACCGAGGAACCCAGACUCUGCUUCGGCGGGGGGUUCAUUGCCCCACCCAGCAAGCACACGUUUUUUGUCAUAUGAAGAACUCAAGGAGGCAACUAACAAUUUUGAAGCAGCCAGCAUACUGGGGGAAGGUGGAUUUGGUAGGGUUUACAAAGGCGUCUUAGGUGAUGGAACUGCUGUAGCAAUUAAGAAGCUUACAAGCGGAGGGCCACAGGGUGAUAAAGAGUUCCAGGUUGAGAUCGAGAUGCUAAGCCGACUUCAUCACCGUAAUCUCGUGAAACUUGUGGGUUACUACAGUAGCCGAGAUUCUUCUCAGCACCUUCUCUGUUAUGAGCUUGUUCCAAAUGGCAGCUUGGAAGCCUGGCUCCACGGUCAUCUUGGAUUAAGUUGUCCUCUGGACUGGGACACCAGAAUGAAGAUUGCCCUUGAUUCUGCAAGAGGCCUCGCUUAUCUUCAUGAGGACUCACAGCCAUGUGUUAUACACAGAGAUUUCAAAGCUUCUAAUAUUCUGCUCGAGAAUAACUUCCACGCAAAAGUUUCGGAUUUCGGAUUAGCCAAACAAGCUCCUGAAGGCCGGAGUAAUCACCUGUCUACCCGUGUCAUGGGCACAUUCGGUUAUGUAGCACCGGAAUAUGCUAUGACUGGACAUCUACUUGUCAAAAGCGACGUUUACAGUUACGGGGUGGUCCUUCUUGAAUUGUUAACUGGAAGGAAGCCAGUGGAUAUGUCACAACCUGCCGGCCAGGAAAACCUUGUCACUUGGACAAGGCCGAUCCUGAGAGACAAGGACCGGUUAGAAGAGCUUGCAGAUCCAAGGCUCGAGGGAAGAUACCCGAAAGAAGACUUUGUACGGGUUUGCACAAUAGCUGCAGCUUGUGUUGCCCCCGAGGCUAGCCAAAGACCCACGAUGGGCGAAGUGGUUCAGUCGCUCAAGAUGGUUCAGCGGGCCGUAGAGUUUCAGGACCCUCCUGUGAUGGCUUCCACGGUUCGGCCUAACCUGAGACAGUCAUCUACCACGUUCGAGUCAGACGCUACAUCCUCCAUGUUCUCGUCCGGUCCUUAUUCUGGUCUAAGCGCCUUCGAUACCGACAAUAUAUCACGAACAGCUGCUUUCUCAGAAGAUCUCCAUGAAGGCCGGUGAAAGGCCUUCUUCUUCUUCUUCCACGUUUUUUUUCUCUAAAACCUAAUCUUAGAUCUCUUUAGAUAGACAAAUAUCUGAGUGAGGAGAUUUAGAGCAGAAAGGUUUGUACGUUUCGUGACAAUGUUACUGGAAUUGGUGGUUCUCCCUCUCGAGGGUAAAAUGCUGUAUA